AUGCUACAGCGUGUGUGGCGACGACUGCUGCUCGUCCAGCGCAAAUUCUAUUUCUCCACAUCAAGUACUAAUGGUACUAGAAUCGAAGACAAUGUGACGUCCGCGUCUUCGUUCACGUACAAACCCGUCCGUAAACUCAUUGUAGGGCUGGGCAAUACUGGUGAUAAGUUUACAAACACAAGACACAAUAUUGGAUUUAUUGUAGCACAAUAUUUUCUAAAGAUGUACGCAUCACAAGUGACGGGAAGACAAUUACAACUGCAACAUGAAGCAAACAAUCAUGGCAAUGUGGCACGAUUUCAAGUGACAUAUCAGCAGCAGCAACAGAAUGUAGCUGACAAGAAGUACGUGUAUCCAGUUGACGACUUGGUGAAUCGCUCGUCAAAACGUGCAAAGGAGCGGACGUUAAAGGAAGGUGUUCCUCAUGAUCAAGUAAAUGUUGCGUUGCUGCUACCGACCACUUAUAUGAACUGCUCGGGAACUGCUGUCCGUGCUUUUAUGCAAUCGCACCAGUGGCGACUGAAGAAGAAUCCGCUAGCUUUGAAUCGACAGGAUGAGCUGCUCGUGAUCACAGACGACGUUGCGUUGCCAUUUGGUGAAUGCCGCUUCAAGGCAAAAGGAGGGCCCGGUGGCCAGAAUGGUAUACGAGAUAUUAUUAAAUGUGUCGGCACUGAACGCUUCGCUCGUCUACGUAUCGGCGUGGGCGCUCCACACUGGUUUGUAGGAGGUAACACCGGGGCUCCAUCGGGUACUGCAUUGAACAAGUUUGUGCUUGGACGCUUUAACGGAGACGAACAAGCGGUGAUGCCUGACUUACUCCGCUAUACGAAUGAAUUGCUACGAUUGUAUUUGCACCGGGGUGUUGCUCUGGCCACCACGUACGGUAAUAGCAUGGACUUGCAACGAUACUUGAAGCAAUACGACGCGUCACACACGACACGUCAGUAA